CCUUGUUUCUGUUUUCCAGAAAAGUAUCUCUCUUAAGUCUAACAAAAGAUUUUUACGCGCGCUCUGAAUCUUUUCAGGUAGUUAAGUUCAUACUUGUUUAACAGAGCAUGGAACCUGGACUUCCAAAGUUUUUUCCGUGUUCAAAAUGUGUUAGAGUUGUCAUUCUUGUGCUUGUAUGUUUCUCUCUGAGUUUUGCGUGUACGGAAGGUUUUGACUCUUUGUUGGAGCUCCCACGUUCUGGCUCAAAUAGAACCCGACCCAGAUCGAAAAGGGUCCUUUUUGUUGGUGAUUUUGGUGCUAGAGGAGAUGGUCUCUAUGAUGAUACUGAGGCUUUUGAAAUUGUUUGGAAGCUAGCUUGUUCCUUUUCGUCGCGAACACGAAUUGUAAUUCCAGCUGGAUAUACUUCUCUGAUCCAUCCUAUAGACUUCUGUGGGCCAUGCAAAUCAAAAGUCACUUUAGUGAUAUCUGGUACAAUCAUUGCCCCCAAAGAUCCUGAUGCAUGGAAGGGUUUAAAUACUCGUAAAUGGCUCUACUUUCAUGGGGUGAACCACCUUACAGUAGAAGGAGGAGGGACAAUCAAUGGGAUGGGAUGGGAAUGGUGGGCUAGAUCGUGCAAGAUCAACCCUGCUAAUCCAUGUCGACAUGCUCCAACGGCUGUUACUUUCCACAAGUGCAAGAAUUUGAGAGUCAAGAAUCUUAGAAUUGUCAAUAGCCAACAAAUGCACAUUUCGUUUAGUAGCUGUCUUCGGGUUGUGACUUCCCUACUCAAAGUGAUAGCGCCUGCUAUGAGCCCCAACACAGAUGGAAUCCACAUUACGGCAUCACAUCGUGUUCAAGUCAAAAAGUGCAUUGUAAGAACAGGAGAUGACUGUGUCUCUAUAGUCAGCAAUUCUUCACGAAUCCAAAUAGAAAAUAUUGUCUGUGGACCAGGCCAUGGCAUAAGCAUUGGAAGCUUGGGAAAAUACAACUCAUGUUCACAAAUUCAAGAUGUAACAGUUGAUGGAGCAUUUAUUUCUAACACUGAGAAUGGGUUGCGAAUUAAAACAUGGCAGGGAGGUAGUGGCUUUGCCGCUGACAUUAAGUUCCGGAAUGUGUUGAUGAAAAACGUAUCAAAUCCAAUUAUAAUAGACCAAUACUAUUGUGAUUCUUCGACACCAUGUGCAAACCAGACUUCGGCUGUUAAGAUGGAUAACAUAUCCUUUGAGAACAUUAAAGGAACUUCAGCGACAAAGGAUGCUAUAAUAUUUGCAUGCAGCAAUGACGUACCGUGUGAAGGCUUAUAUCUUAAAGACAUUCAGCUUGUGUCACAAUCUUCGGGGGUCACAAGUUCAUUCUGUUGGAACGCUUGUGGGUCGAGUGCGGGUUUAGUUUUCCCCCCUGCUUGCUUCACAUGCACUGAUGGCUUAAUUCAACAGUAUGUCUCAUCUAGCUACGCCUUAACCACUGAAGGCUUUAUUCAACAGAAUGUCUCAUUUAACUAUGCUUUUCAAUCCUUUUGAAGAGAGAUCAGUCUUUUCUAAUAUGUGCCACGCCCUUCUCGUGCAGAAGUUACAGAAAUUAUGACUUGAGCAAUUCACAUUGUUCUGCAUUUGUUUUUUCAGCUCACCAAUGAGAAUAUUGAGUAGGAUUGUAUAAUUAUUGUUGUACAUGGUUCUAAACUAUUUUACACGAAUCAAGUUUCAUCUGAGAA